CACUGCUGUAAGUCGAAGGCGUCAUGGAUAAAUAUGAAAUCAUUAAAAAAAUUGGGGAAGGAUCUUUUGGCAAAAUAUUCUUGGCAAAAGGAAAACUAGAUAAUGAGCAGUGUGUUAUCAAAGAGAUCGACUUAACUAAGAUGCCUGUGAAAGAAAAAGAAGCCUCUCAGAAAGAAGUAAUUCUUCUGGCCAAGAUGAAGCAUGCAAAUAUUGUAACCUUCUAUGCUUCUGUGCAAGAAAAGAACAAGCUCUAUAUUGUGAUGGAAUACUGUGAUGGUGGAGAUUUAAUGAAGCGGAUAAAUAUGCAGCAUGGAGUGCUGUUUGACGAGGACCAGAUUCUGAGUUGGUUUGUGCAGAUCUCCUUGGGCUUGAAGCAUAUUCACGACAAGAAGAUUUUACACAGAGAUUUAAAAGCACAGAACAUUUUUCUUAGCAAUAAUGGAAGGGUAGCAAAGCUUGGGGACUUUGGUAUAGCAAGACAGUUGAACAGCACUACGGAGUUUGCCCAUACCUGUGUAGGGACUCCCUAUUAUCUGUCACCUGAGAUCUGUGAAAAUCGACCAUAUAACAGUAAAACAGAUAUUUGGUCUCUUGGCUGUGUACUUUAUGAGCUAUGUGCACUAAAGCAUCCUUUUGAAGGCAAUAGUUUGCACCAGCUGGUGCUGAAGAUCUGCAGAGGACAUUUUCACCCUGUGUCUCCCAACUAUUCGUAUGAUCUGAGGAUAUUAAUUUCCCAGUUGUUUAAUAUAUCUCCAAAAGAUCGACCAUCUGUCAACUCUAUUCUAAGGAAGCCCUUCUUGCAGAACCUUGUUCUCAGGUAUUUGCCCCCUGAGGAAGAACUCGCUGACACUGUGAUACAUAGAAAAAGGGCUUCAGCAUCACAGACUGGAGCCAAGCUGAUACAAGCACAUAAACUUCAAAGAAGGAGAGUCCAGGACCAAGUUCCUCCAGAAUCUGGAAUGGUGGUGCCUGUCAGACAGGAACUAUUUCAAAGGAAUGAAUGGAAACCUCCUUCAAGAGAGCAACAGCCUAUUUUUCAGCCACAGAGCUCCAGAUUUAAGAUGGCAGAAAGGCCGGAAAGUAUUAGAGUACAUGGCCAUUACGGUCAUUACUAUGAUAAGCUUGACAACUUGCAGAGGAAAGCUAAUGCACAUUAUGACCUUUCUCACAUCAGCCAGAGAGUUGAGGAAUACUAUAAAUUAAAAGGACAAGUUGCACCUCCACCCCCACCACCCGACUGGCAUGCAGAAUAUCUUCAAAGGCAUUUUGAAGCCCAACAGUACAAGAUUAAAGUGGAAAAACAGCUGGGACUGCGACCAUCCUCUGCUGACACAUAUCAUGACCAAAUACAGCAGCAGAAUAUAAAGGAAGAGCAUCUGAAAAAACACCAGCAGGACAUGUCUAGAAAGAAUGAAAUGAAAGAACAGGAGUACCUGAAACAAUUGCAGAAAAUUCGGGAAGAAUACCACAGCGAUAUGAAAGCAUUCAGAUUUAGAGCAGGAGUACUCCAGGAGAAUAAAAAAAUACAAGAUAAAACGUAUUUUGUGAGGCAAGGGAAAGCUGAGGACCAGUCUGAAACCAAGCAUACAGCUGGAACACGAGAAGAAUCACUUCAGGACAUGGAAGAAAACUUUAAACAAGUCAGACUCCAGGAUAGGCAAUACCAAAAAAUCUUAGAAAAGAAACAUAACACAAAGGGAGGAAUAAAGUUUGAAAUUAAUUUAGAUGUAUGUGUUCCUGAGGAAGACAGCAUUCAAGAAGCAGAGGUACUAGAUAAACUCAGUGAGACUUUAAGUUUUGUGGAUGGUGAGAAUCCUAAGCAGAAAUUGGUGGAAGUUUAUGAAGAUCAUACAGACAGAGCUUUGGAAGAACUAUCUGGAUACCAAACAGAGUCCAAUGACAUAGAUAAUAUGAAAGAAAAGAGAAAACAUUGGCAAGCUGGAGCCCCUCAGAUGCUACUGAAUUUUGUAGCUGAUGCUGAUGUCACACCUGUAUGUCCUACUGUGGCUGAAAAUGAACUUGGUAAGAAAGUUUUGGUUUUCAGUGAAAGUAGGGAGCUGCUAAAAUUCAAAGGGAGAUUAACUAUGUUGCCUCCAAAAGAAAACAAUGCAGACGAUUCAGAAACAUACUCUGCUGUUGCUGUUACUGAAGGCAGACUUGAGCCAAGAUCAGAUGAUGAAGACACAAAUUUUGAAGAUUCUGAAGAUGAACUGAGACAUGAGCUGGAGGGAUGUCUGGAGAAAGUGGCAACUUCUCCAGCAGAGAGAACCAUGGAGUCUCCCAUCCUUUCAAUAAAUAAAGGACAAAGAGAGGAGGAAGAGAGUUUACCUCACAAACUACUUGGAAAAUCUGAUGAUGAUUUAGAAAAUAACUGUGGGUCAUUUAGUGCUGACACACAUAAUGAAAAAGGCAAGCAGGAAGCAAGAGCUACCUAA